CUCACUUGAGUGGAGAAGUGUCGAGUGUGGUUUGUGUUAAUGUGAUUCGAACCUGGAAAUAAGUGAAAUUAUUUGGGAUAUCUGGUGUCUGAAGUCGAACCGAAAAAAUGGAUCAGAUAACACCUAAAGAAGUCAAAAUAUUGGAAACAGCUGAAGAUAUUCAGGAACGCCGUGAGCAGGUGUUACACCGAUACAGCGACUUCAAACAAGAAGCGAGAUCCAAACGAGAAAAGCUCGAAGAUUCCCGUCGUUUUCAGUAUUUCAAACGGGAUGCCGAUGAACUCGAAUCUUGGAUCAAUGAAAAACUCCAAGCAGCAUCAGAUGAAAGUUACAAAGACCCAACAAAUUUACAGGCAAAGAUUCAGAAACAUCAAGCCUUUGAAGCUGAAGUGGCAGCACAUAGCAACGCCAUUGUGUCGUUGGAUAAUACAGGAAUGGAAAUGAUCAAUCAGGGGCAUUUUGCCUCAGACAUUAUUCGUAGGCGACUUGAUGAACUGCAUCGUCUUUGGGAACUUCUUCUGUCCAAACUUGCUGAGAAGGGUAUGAAGCUGCAACAAGCUUUGGUGCUUGUCCAGUUCCUACGUCAGUGUGAUGAAGUCAUGUUUUGGAUAAAUGAUAAGGAAACAUUUGUGACGACUGAUGAGUUUGGCCACGAUUUAGAACAUGUUGAGGUCUUGCAGCGAAAGUUUGAUGAAUUUCAGAAGGAUAUGGCUUCACAAGAAUAUCGUGUCACUGAAGUUAACGAACUAGCUGACAAGUUAAUUAUGGAAGGACACCCAGAGAGAGACACUAUCAGUCAACGGAAAGAGGGACUGAAUGAAGCUUGGAUGCAUCUUAAGCAGCUGGCUUUAAUGCGCCAAGAAAAACUAUUUGGUGCUCAUGAAAUUCAGCGUUUCAAUAGGGAUGCUGAUGAAACUGUUGCAUGGAUUUCAGAAAAAGAUGUUGUUUUGUCCUCUGAUGACUAUGGACGUGACUUGGCUAGUGUUCAGACACUACAGAGAAAACAUGAGGGUGUCGAACGAGAUCUGGCUGCACUUGAAGAUAAAGUUUCUACUCUUGGGCAGGAAGCAGAUCGCUUAUGUGGUAUUCAUGCAGAUCAUGCUGACCAGAUUCAGGCAAAACGAGCUGAAAUUGUUGCUUAUUGGGAGAGCCUUACAAGAAAAGCUGAGGAACGUCGCCAAAAGUUGGAUGAAUCAUACUACUUGCAUCGUUUUCUGGCAGACUUCCGAGACUUAAUUUCAUGGAUUAAUGACAUGAAAGCAAUAAUAUCUGCAGAUGAGUUAGCCAAAGAUGUAGCAGGUGCUGAAGCACUGUUGGAAAGACACCAAGAACAUAAGGGUGAAAUUGAUGCAAGGGAAGACAGUUUCCGAGCAACAGCAGAAGCUGGGCAGCUACUAUUAAAACAUGGUCAUUAUGCCUCUGAGGAAGUAAAAGAUAAGCUUGGUGUUCUGAGUUCAGAGAAAGCAUCAUUGUUGUCUAUGUGGGAAGAACGUCGCAUUCUUUAUGAGCAGUGCAUGGAUUUACAACUUUUCUAUCGUGACACAGAACAGGCAGAUACUUGGAUGGCCAAACAAGAGGCAUUUUUGGCUAAUGAAGACCUUGGUGAUUCCUUAGACUCUGUUGAGGCACUUAUUAAAAAGCAUGAAGAUUUUGAGAAAUCUUUGGCAGCACAAGAGGAGAAAAUAAAAGCACUUGAUGAAUUUGCCACAAAAUUAAUAGAGGGUCAGCAUUAUGCUGCUGAUGAUGUUGCACAACGUAGAGCAAUGCUUUUAGAACGCCGUUCAGCUCUGCUAGAGAAAUCAGCCCAGCGUAGAGCAAUUCUCGAAGACUCAAAUCGCUUCCAACAGUUUGAAAGGGACUGUGAUGAAACUAAAGGUUGGAUCAAUGAGAAACUAAAGUUUGCCACUGAUGAUAGCUAUCUUGAUCCCACAAAUCUGAAUGGAAAAGUGCAGAAACAUCAAAACUUUGAACAGGAACUUAAUGCCAAUAAGUCACGAAUGGAUGAGAUUGCUUCCACUGGACAGGAAUUGAUUGAAGCAAAUCACUAUGCAUCAGAUAGAAUCCAGUCACGCAUGGAUGAAAUCUUGCAGUUGUGGGAGACACUAGUUUCAGAAACAGAGAAGAAAGGUUCAAAAUUACAAGAGGCUUCUCAACAGCAGCAGUUCAAUAGAACGGUUGAGGAUGUGGAAUUGUGGUUGUCAGAAAUUGAGGGUCAACUGAUGAGCGAAGACUAUGGCAAGGAUCUGACAAGUGUGCAGAAUCUUCAGAAGAAGCAUGCAUUGUUGGAAGCAGACGUUGCUUCGCAUCAAGAUCGUAUUGAAGGCAUUCGUGUUGCUGCAGCACAGUUUGUGGAAAGAGGACAUUUUGAUGCCGACAAUAUAAAAGCUAAGGAGCUUGCACUUACUGAACGAUACUCUGCAUUGCAACGUCCAAUGAACAUCCGCAAGCAACGCCUGCUUGAUUCACUGCAAGUGCAGCAACUUUUCCGUGAUAUCGAAGAUGAGGAAGCAUGGAUAAGAGAGAAGGAACCAGUAGCUGCAUCUACAAACAGAGGUCGUGAUCUUAUUGGUGUGCAGAAUCUUAUCAAGAAACAUCAGGCUGUCUUAGCAGAAAUUAAUAAUCAUGAAAAUCGUAUAACUGCUGUGUAUCAGUCAGGUCAGCAAAUGCUGGAUGAGGGACACUUUGCAAGUGAUGAAAUAAAACAGAGGGUUGCAACCCUAAAUGAUCACUGGACACAACUAAAAGAUAAAGCUCUGCAGAGGAAACAAGAUCUGGAAGAUUCACUUCAAGCACAUCAGUACUUUGCAGAUGCAAAUGAAGCAGAAUCAUGGAUGAAAGAGAAGGAACCAAUUGUGUGUAAUACUGACUAUGGAAAGGAUGAAGAUUCGAGUGAGGCUCUUCUCAAAAAGCACGAGGCACUUGUUUCUGAUUUGGAAGCUUUUGGAAACACAAUUUUAAGUCUCCGUGAGCAAGCACAAUCUUGCAGGCAACAAGAAACACCUGUAAUUGAUGUCUCAGGGAAAGAAUGUGUUAUGGCACUGUAUGAUUAUACAGAAAAAUCACCCCGUGAGGUUUCCAUGAAGAAGGGUGAUGUUCUCACUCUUCUGAAUUCAAACAACAAGGAUUGGUGGAAAGUUGAAGUUAAUGAUCGUCAAGGAUUUGUUCCAGCUGCAUAUGUUAAGAAGAUUGAAGCAGGAUUAUCUGCCUCUCAGCAGAACCUUGCAGACAAGAAUUCAAUAGCAGCAAGACAAAACCAGAUUGAAGCUCAGUAUGAUCAGUUACUGAGUUUGGCUAGGGAACGCCAAAAUAAACUCAAUGAGACUGUAAAGGCUUAUGUGCUGGUUCGUGAAGCAGCAGAACUUGCAACUUGGAUAAAAGAUAAGGAAAGUUAUGCUGAAGUAGCUGAUGUUGGAGAAGACCUGGAACAAGUUGAGGUUAUGCAAAAGAAGUUUGAUGAUUUCCAAGCUGAUCUAAAAGCAAAUGAAGUCAGACUUGCAGAAAUGAAUGAAAUAGCAAUGCAGCUCAUGAGUCUCGGGCAGACAGAAGCUGCCUUGAAAAUACAAACACAGAUAGAGGAUUUGAAUCAGAAGUGGACGUCACUGCAGCAGCUAACAUCAGAGAGGGCCACACAGUUAGGGUCUGCACACGAAGUUCAGCGUUUCCACAGAGAUGUUGAUGAAACAAAAGAUUGGAUUCAAGAAAAAGAUGAAGCUCUAAACAAUGAAGACCUGGGAAAAGAUCUGAGAAGUGUGCAAGCUCUACAGAGGAAGCACGAAGGUCUUGAGAGGGAUUUGGCUGCACUGGGAGACAAGAUCAGGCAGCUUGAUGAAACCGCAAACAGGCUUAUGCAAACUCAUCCAGAAACAGCUGAUCAGACGUAUGCCAAACAGAAAGAGAUCAAUGAAGAGUGGACUCAACUCACAGCAAAGGCAAAUAGCCGCAAAGAGAAGUUGUUGGAUUCAUAUGAUCUCCAACGUUUCUUGAGUGACUAUCGUGAUUUGAUGUCGUGGAUCAAUAGUAUGAUGGGCCUGGUUUCCAGUGAUGAACUCGCAAAUGAUGUCACUGGAGCUGAAGCUUUAUUAGAAAGACAUCAGGAACAUCGAACGGAAAUAGAUGCUCGUGCAGGGACAUUUCAAGCUUUUGACUUAUUUGGACAACAGCUUUUGCAUUCUGGUCAUUACGCAAGUGUUGAGAUACAAGAAAAAUUGGAAAGCAUGGCAGAAGCCCGUCAAGAACUUGAAAAGGCUUGGAUUGCACGACGAAUGCAACUUGAUCAGUGUUUAGAGUUACAGCUGUUCUAUAGAGAUUGUGAACAGGCUGAAAACUGGAUGUCAGCUAGGGAAGCAUUUCUUGCUGCAGAAGAAGUUGAUUCAAAGGGAGAUAAUGUCGAAGCUCUCAUCAAAAAACAUGAAGAUUUUGACAAAGCCAUAAAUGCUCAUGAAGAAAAGAUUGCAGCACUUCAGACAUUGGCUGACCAGUUAAUUGGUGCUGAUCAUUACGCUUCUAAACAAAUUGAUGAGAAGCGCUGUCAGGUGCUUGACAGGUGGCGUCACUUGAAAGAAGCUUUGAUUGAGAAACGCUCACGCUUAGGCGAAUCACAGACUCUGCAACAGUUCAGCCGUGAUGCAGAUGAAAUGGAGAACUGGAUUGCAGAGAAGCUGCAACUAGCUACAGAAGAAAGUUACAAGGACCCUGCCAAUAUACAAUCAAAGCACCAGAAACACCAAGCUUUUGAAGCAGAACUUGCUGCUAAUGCUGACAGAAUCCAGAGUGUAAUUGCCAUGGGUCAGAAUCUCAUAGACAAGCAUCAGUGUGCAGGAUCUGAAGAAGCAGUUCAGGCCAGGCUUGCAUCUAUAGCAGAUCAGUGGGAGUACUUGACCCAGAAAACAACAGAGAAAACAGUGAAGCUGAAGGAAGCCAACAAACAGCGAACAUAUAUUGCUGCUGUGAAAGAUCUUGAUUUCUGGUUAGGAGAAGUAGAAUCACUUUUGACAUCUGAGGACUCAGGAAAAGACCUUGCAUCUGUGCAGAAUCUGAUAAAGAAGCAUCAGCUUGUUGAGGCUGAUAUACAGGCACAUGAAGAUCGCAUUAAAGACAUGAAUGCACAAGCUGAUUCACUAAUUGAGAGUGGUCAGUUUGAUACAGCAAGUAUUCAAGAGAAACGACAAUCAAUAAAUGAACGCUAUGAACGUAUAAAGAAUCUUGCAGCUCAUCGUCAGGCUAGAUUGAAUGAAGCGAAUACGCUCCAUCAGUUCUUCAGGGAUAUCGCAGAUGAAGAAUCUUGGAUAAAAGAGAAGAAAUUGCUUGUUGGAUCUGAUGACUAUGGCCGCGAUUUGACUGGUGUUCAGAACCUGAAAAAGAAGCACAAGAGAUUGGAGACUGAACUUGCAUCACAUGAACCAGCCAUUCAGGCUGUUCAGGAAGCUGGAGAGAAGUUAAUGGAUGUCUCAAAUUUGGGUGUUCCAGAAAUUGAACAGCGUCUCAAGCUCCUUAAUCAGGCAUGGGCAGAGCUUAAGCAGAUGGCAGCUACUCGUGGUCAGAAGCUGGAUGAGUCCCUUACAUAUCAGCAGUUUUUGGCAAAAGUGGAAGAAGAAGAAGCUUGGAUAAGUGAGAAGCAACAACUCUUGGGAGUAGAAGAUUAUGGAGAUACAAUGGCUGCAGUUCAAGGCCUUCUAAAGAAACAUGAUGCUUUUGAAACAGACUUUGCUGCACAUGGAGAUCGUUGUGCAGAUAUCUGUGCUGCUGGUCAAAAGUUAAUCGCAGACAACAAUCAUCACAUGGAAAGCAUUGCCCAGCGUUGUCAACAGCUACAGGUGAAAUUAGAUCACUUGGCCUCACUUGCUGCUCGUCGGAAGUUAAAGUUGAUGGAAAAUUCAGCAUAUUUACAAUUCAUGUGGAAAGCAGAUGUUGUUGAAUCGUGGAUUGCUGAUAAGGAAACUCACGUUCGAUCAGAAGAAUUUGGUCGUGAUCUUUCCACUGUGCAGACACUUCUGACAAAACAAGAGACAUUUGAUGCAGGUCUCCAUGCAUUUGAACAUGAAGGUAUCCAGAACAUCACAAGUCUGAAAGAACAGUUAGUUUCAGCUUCACACGAUCAGACACCUGCGAUUCUCAAGAGACAUGCUGAUGUAAUAGCCAGAUGGCAGAAGUUGUUGGCAGAUUCAGAUGCUCGUAAGCAGAAAUUACUUCGAAUGCAAGAACAGUUCAGACAGAUUGAAGAACUGUAUCUCACAUUUGCAAAGAAGGCUUCAGCAUUUAAUUCUUGGUUUGAAAAUGCAGAGGAAGAUUUAACUGACCCAGUUCGCUGCAAUUCUAUUGAAGAAAUCAGGGCAUUGAGAGAGGCGCAUCAACAAUUUCAGGCCUCCCUUUCAUCAGCACAAGCUGAUUUUGAUGCCCUUGCAAAGUUGGAUCAGCAGAUAAAGAAUUUUAAUGUUGGGCCAAAUCCAUACACUUGGUUUACGAUGGAAGCACUAGAAGAUACAUGGAGAAAUCUACAGAAGAUUAUUAAGGAACGAGAUAUUGAGCUCUCUAAAGAAGCACAGAGACAAGAGGAAAAUGACAAAUUGAGGAAGGAGUUCGCAAAACAUGCCAAUGCAUUCCACCAAUGGCUUACAGAGACCAGAUACAGACUCCUUGGAUGGGACGGAGCAUCUAUGAUGGAAGGUUCUGGAUCUCUAGAACAGCAGCUGGAGGCAACAAAGCGAAAAGCUGGAGAAGUCAGAGCACGACGAUCUGAUCUGAAACGAAUAGAAGACUUGGGAGCAAUUCUUGAAGAACACCUGAUCCUGGAUAAUAGGUAUACAGAGCACAGUACUGUUGGUCUUGCACAACAAUGGGACCAGCUCGAUCAGUUAGGCAUGCGUAUGCAGCAUAAUUUGGAACAACAAAUUCAAGCACGUAACCAAUCUGGAGUUAGUGAAGAUGCACUCAAAGAAUUUUCAAUGAUGUUCAAACACUUUGAUAAAGAUAAGAGUGGUCGCCUGAAUCAUCAAGAAUUCAAAUCCUGCCUCCGUGCUUUGGGUUAUGAUCUUCCAAUGGUGGAAGAAGGUCAACCUGAUCAUGACUUUGAUGCCAUUCUUGAUAUUGUAGAUCCUAACAGAGAUGGUUAUGUGUCACUGCAAGAGUACAUGGCCUUCAUGAUUAGUAAGGAGACUGAAAAUGUACAGAGUUCAGAAGAAAUUGAAAAUGCAUUUAGAGCUAUCACAGCUGGAGAUCGGCCAUAUGUCACUAAAGAAGAAUUGUAUGCUAAUCUCACUAAAGAAAUGGCAGACUACUGUGUUGCUCGAAUGAAGCCUUACGUUGAUCCAAAAACAGAAAGACCCAUUCAAGGAGCCUUGGAUUACAUUGAAUUCACGCGUACAUUAUUUCAGAACUGAAGCAUAAGUAUUUAAUAUAAAUUAUUUUCAAGGUAUUAAUUUUGCAAAGUACAUACUCAUGUUUUCCUUAGUACCUGCUUUUCACUGAAAUUGGAAAUUUGUUACUGAUGUCAUGUAAUGUUCAUCAGAUAACAGUUUACUGCAUUUGGUUAUUGAACAUAGAGACUAUUUAAAUAGCUUGCCUUUUAUGUUACUUUUAUACAAGUGUGUUUACGUAUUGGUUAUACCUGAAGAUAAAUGCAUUUAAGAUGUUUUGCUUACAGUAGCAGUUGCACAAUAUUCUGCUAUAUGCUUAAGAUAAUGGAAAAAUUAAUGGUAGCUCUAUUGUUAUUCUGCAGAUUUACUGUAAAAAAGAGUAUGUAAAGAAAGCCAUUGUGAAAUUAUAUUUUAUGAUAGAGUAUUAAGAAUCUGUAUUACAUUAAUUUUUUCCUUCAUUAUAAGAUUGAUGUUGGAGCAGACUUCACAAACCACAAAGCCACAUUUGUGAUUCCCACUUUCAAAAUCUCAAAAAUGUAAAAUUAGAAAAUCUAGACUCCGUAAACAUUUUUACAGUUUUUCACAUUGUUAUAAUGUUCUAUAAAUCUAACAAAAACAGAGAUCUAUUUAUUGAUUUUAUCCAAUGGAAAUAUUUGUUUAGUGUGCCUGCAUAAGAUUUUAUUUUUAGUUUGGCAGCUGUUUGUUGUAAACAAUGAAAAUCGUUAAUAAAAGACAAUUUUUAAAAAUU